GGAAGUAGCGUUUCACAUCGGCCAUCCUGGCCCCGGCGUGACAUUCACCGGGUCGUGUGAUCGGGGGUUGUGUAAACGGAGGAGUACGACCACCGUUGCUCUGACCUAGCUGUCUUCAAAAUGAGAAUCCUAAAAGCGGGUCUGUCUUUGGCUAAAACGCACAUUUUGGCACCGGGGAGCGUCACUGUUAAAAAGGUGCUCAUCAACAGCUGUCGGACAUGCUCCUCCGGUAUCUUCACCAACGAGAGCAUCCGCAACAUCGGGAUCUCGGCUCACAUCGACUCGGGCAAGACCACCCUGACCGAGCGUGUCCUCUUCUACACCGGCAGGAUAGCAGCGAUUCACGAGGUGAAGGGGAAGGACGGCGUCGGAGCCACCAUGGACUCUAUGGAGCUGGAGAGACAGAGAGGCAUCACCAUCCAGUCAGCUGCUACAUACACCGUGUGGAAGGGUCACAACAUUAACAUCAUUGACACACCGGGUCACGUGGACUUCACCAUUGAAGUGGAGCGAGCGCUGCGCGUGCUGGACGGAGCUGUGCUGGUUCUAUGUGCCGUGGGAGGAGUCCAGUGCCAGACCUUGACCGUGAACAGACAGAUGAAACGCUACAACGUCCCCUUCCUUACCUUCAUCAACAAGCUCGAUCGCAUGGGCUCCAACCCCAGCCGAGCCCUGCUGCAGCUGAGAACCAAACUGAACCACAACGCAGCCUUUGUGAACAUCCCAAUCGGCCUGGAAGGGAACAUGCGCGGCAUCAUUGACCUUGUACAGGAGCAGAGCAUAUAUUUUGAAGGACCAUUUGGUCAAACGAUCCGCUAUGAUGAGAUCCCUGCUGAUUUCCGUGCUGAGGCUGCCGACCGGAGACAGGAACUAGUGGAAUGUGUGGCCAACGCUGAUGAAAUCUUGGGAGAGAUGUUCUUGGAGGAAAAAAUCCCCACUAAUGACGACUUGAAGGCUGCUAUCCGCAGGGCCACGGUGCAGCGUCUCUUCUCCCCAGUGCUGGUGGGCACAGCGCUGAAAAACAAGGGCGUCCAACCUCUGCUGGACGCGGUCCUGGAUUACUUACCAAAUCCCACUGAAGUCAAAAACUAUGCCAUCCUCAAUGACGAAGAAACUAGUCAAUCAUCAAAACUUCAAAUGGACCCUACAAGAGAUGCUUCAAAUCCCUUUGUUGGUCUGGCCUUCAAACUGGAGGCUGGGAGGUUUGGUCAGCUGACGUACGUGCGGGUGUACCAGGGUUGUCUGAAGAAAGGGGAAUACAUCUACAACACACGCACAAGCAAAAGGGUCAGAGUGCAGAGGCUUGUGCGUCUCCAUGCCGACCAGAUGGAGGACGUGGAUGACGUUUAUGCAGGAGAUAUUUGUGCUCUGUUUGGGAUUGACUGUGCAAGUGGAGACACUUUUACAUCCAUGACCAGCUCUAACCUCUCAAUGGAGUCAAUUCACAUCCCAGAGGCUGUCAUUUCAAUGUCAAUGAAGCCAGUCAACAAGAAUGACAUGGACAAAUUCUCCAAAGGCAUCAACCGUUUCACCAGGGAAGAUCCGACGUUCAGAGUUCAUUUUGACACCGAGAGCAAAGAAACCAUCAUCUCAGGCAUGGGCGAGCUGCACCUGGAGAUCUACUCCCAGAGAAUGGAGAGGGAAUACAACAGUCCUUGUGUGAUGGGGAAACCGAAGGUGGCUUUCCGAGAGACGAUCACCGGUCCUGUACCGUUUGAAUUCACUCACAAGAAGCAGUCUGGUGGCUCGGGGCAGUACGGUAAAGUUAUCGGGGUCCUCGAGCCUCUGGAGUCGGAGCAUUCCACCAAGCUGGAGUUUGAGGACCAGACCGUUGGAACAAACGUCCCAAAGCAGUUUGUACCCGCAGUCGAAAAGGGCUACAGGGAGGCAUGUGAGAAGGGACCCCUGAGCGGGCACAGGAUCUCAGGAGUGCGAUUCAUCCUGGAAGACGGAGCGAAUCACAUGGUCGACUCCAAUGAGAUCUCAUUCAUCCGUGCAGGGGAGGGUGCUCUAAAGCAAGCAAUGGAAAAGGCCAACACGACCAUCCUGGAGCCAAUCAUGUCUGUGGAAAUCGUGGCACCUCAGGAGUUUCAGGGAGCAGUUAUCGCUGGUGUAAACCGUCGGCAUGGUGUUAUUACAGGACAGGACGGGGCUGAGGGAUACUUAACUCUGUACGCUGAUGUUCCACUGAACAACAUGUUUGGCUACGCCACAGAACUACGCUCCUGCACUGAAGGGAAAGGCGAUUACACCAUGGACUACAGCAGAUAUCAGCCCUGCCUGCCUGCCACACAGGAAGAACUCAUCCACAAACACUUAGAGGCUACAGGGCAGCUGCCUGCAAAGAAGGACAAGUGGAAGAGCUGAAAACUUUCUGUUCACUCAGUCGGACUUGUGGCGUGACACCCCUCCGUCCUCUAGACACAUUUUCUGCCCAUCAUCAACCGUGACUUCGAUUAGUGGAGCCAAACAAAACGUUGACAUUUUACUUUUGGGUUGUAGUCCAAGCCAAUUAUCCUCCUUAAUGAUUGACCCCUGUGAAGAAAAAAAACUCUACUGUAUUUAUUACUUUGAUUCUAGCGCAGUUUGACCACUUGGCCUUGCAGUCGGCAUUUUCAGAUGGUGAUUGGUAAGGAAGGCUCAGUGGUUUUGACUUGUAAAGGCUUUUGUACUAUGUACACAAUGGUUCUGAUGCAAUGAGGAUUGCAGAAAAGAUACACAUCCUUCUUUUAAAGUGAA